UCGGUGACGCUCUCACUGUACAAGGGGGCUGGAAAUAAAAAAAGACCGACACACUCCUCCCACCAUUCAUUCAGUAAACUACAUUGAGUUACCCUGUCGGUUUAUGUAUCGCUGCCUACACGGAGACGAGGAGGCACGCUUCAUCUACAGAUGGGACGAAAAAACACAGAGGACGGAGUAACUGAAAAUAGCUAGACCCAAGCCACUGAUACCGUCCGUACUCACCCUGCUCCUUUCUCCUUUGUUUUCGAUGUAAAACUUCGUCUCUGUCAGCAUUUACGUUACCGACCACCCACCUCUCACACGUUACCUUUGACAAGGGUUGUUCCCGUUUGACUCUCGGGGGAGGCAUUUCACUGGAGAGAAAGGGAAAAAAAAAGCCUCAACUUUACCGUGUGACGCAAAGCUAACUCUGAAAUCAAAGAAAAGUGGUAACAGACCUCAGACAGGGGAUUUUCCCACCAUUUGAGACCCAUCCUUUCACCUACAUCACCCCUUUUUGUGAGACGUGUUUAAGGUUCACCUAAUCCUCUUUACUGGAGAAAGAAAAUUGAUUUUCAGGACACUUCGUAGUCAGUGGGAUGUUAGAGCUCUGGAAGCAGGACUGACUGAAGGAGCAUGGUGAAACACCAACCCCUCCAGGUCUAUGAGCGCCAGCUGUGUUUGUCAUGUAUCACUGGGAUCUACGGUUGCCGCUGGAAACGCUAUCAGCGUUCCCAUGAUGACACCACCAAGUGGGAGCUGCUGUGGUCCUUCAUCCUCCUCUUUACCUUCUGUCUGCUGCUGGUCUGGUUCUACUUCUGGUGGGAGGCACAUAACGACUACAAUGAGUUCAACUGGUUCCUCUACAACCGCUCUGGGGAGUGGAGUGAUGGCACUGUUCCCAUCCUGGCCACCACCGCUGCUGGCUUCACCUACAUCGCAUUUUUAAUGGUUUUAGCACUUUGCCACGUUGCACUUGGGCAACAGUUGAAUUUACACUGGCUCCAUAAGAUAGGAGUGGCUGCUGCUCUGUUCACCACCAUUGUCGGGGUGAUAUCUGUCAAUCAAACAUGGGGGCAAGAGUGGGAUGUCAUCCCCAUCUCCCUGCAGGCCACAGGUCCGUUCCUGCACAUAGGGGCUCUCGCUGCGGUCACAGCCUUGUCUUGGAUUGUGGCUGGACAGGUCGCCCGCACAGAAAAAACAAUGUUUCAGGUAGUGGUCGUGCUGCUUUAUCUCAGUGUGUUACUGGGACUCUACGUUGUGCCCAUGUACAUCACCUCCCCCUGCAUCAUGGACCCCACCACCCUCAAACAACGCCCUGAUGUCAUUGGCCACCAGGGAGCCCCCAUGCUUGCUCCAGAGAACACACUAUGGUCCUUCCAGCGAGCUCUGCAGAUGAAUGUCACUGGGUUUGAGGCAGACGUGGCAAUCAGCGUGGAUGGAGUGCCUUUUCUGAUGCACGACCGCACCCUGCGGAGGACCACUGAUGUGGAGAAGGUCUUCCCAGACAGACAAAUGGAAGACGCCUCAUUCUUCAACUGGACAGAUCUGCAACAACUCAACGCAGGACAGUGGUUCCUCAAGGAUGACCCUUUCUGGACGGUGCACAACCUGUCCCCACGUGAGAAGGAUCUGAUUGCCAACCAGACUGUGUGCAGCCUGGAGCAGCUCCUAAAGAUGGCUUUCUAUCAUAACAGCACGGUGGUUUUCCGGCUGAGGAGACCUCCUCCAGAGCACCCCUGCUACCACAGCUGGGUCAAUGAUACGCUGCAGGCUGUGCAACAAUCUGGGGUUCCUCAGGGUCUGGUGAUGUGGACUCCAGAUGAACACCGAGCUCAGGUAAGACAGCUGGCACCCGGUCUGAUCCAGACCUCAGUUGAGAAACGCAGUCCUCAAUUUCUCCAUCAGUACGGCAUCAGCCGGCUGCUGCUCAGAUACAACCAGGCCAGCCCUCUGGAAAUCAGAAAUUUCUCCCAGAGCAACAUCAACCUCACCCUUUACACCAUCAAUGAGCCCUGGCUGUACUCAGUGCUCUGGUGCAGUGGGGUGUCUUCAGUCUCCUCAGAGGCCUCGCAUAUCCUGAAAAAGGUGCCUUACCCCAUCUGGCUCAUGAGACCAGAUGAAUACUGCCUGAUGUGGGUGUCUGUGGACCUCCUCUCCUUUGCUGUAGUCAUAGGAAUAUUCAUUUUCCAGAAGUAUCGGAUGAGCGGGAUGCGCAGCUACAACCCUGAACAGAUCAUGCUGAGCGCCGCAGUCAGGAGGUCGAGCAGAGACCUCAACGUCAUGAAGGAGAAACUUAUCUUCUCUGAGGUGGGGAAUGGAGUCGGCAGUGCUGAGGAGCUGUAUGCGGACAAUGGCUACGACUACUACACCAAUCAGGGCAUUAGCCAAUGAUCGGGACUGAGCCUGAGUGAAUCUGCUGUAGCGAGAUGGAGACGACAACGCUCUGUGUUCACAUGAUUCCCGUUCUAGUCUGUGUAAUGUCUGAUCUCCUCCUCCUGUUCUAGUGAAUAACAGUGAAUAACAGUUACUACUGCUGUAUCGGAUGGAGAAAAACAACCACCCAGUUGCUUUGUGUACAUUCUGUAAAUAGUUUUGUGUUUUGCUUUUCGGACAUGCUGUUUAUCACCCAGGACUGCACGCACUUUUUAUUAAUGGAAUUUGCCAAAUCUGUGGACUCCUCUCUCACAUCCGAAUACCCGAGAGGCCCCUCUGAGUUACCAAGGCCUGCUUCUUUUAAAGAGGUUUCCAGAUUCUUUAUUAUUUUAAGCUAAUUUUCCAAAGCAGUUCCUUGUUUUUAACCACUGUACAUGAUAUUCUUCUCUCCUAGCAGGUGAAUUUCCUUUAUAAAGAGGCUUUUUACACGGCUUUAUUGCAGCAAUAGACUAAACGCUAACAGCUCAUUAUGCUUUUGCCUCCCGUCAGCACACCAUUGUGCGGUUGUUCUUAAUAGUACUAACAUUAAUAUUUAUAUUUAAAGAGAGAAACGAAAAACAUGAACACGCCGUUUACACAAUCCUGCCUUUUCCUCCAAGUGAAAUAUUCACAAGGUGUAUGUAAGAUAAUUAUUUCGAUAAAUGCUGAAUGCCCCCCCCCCCCCCAUCCUUGCCCUACUCUUGACCAGUGUAUGUAACCAUGAUGAUCAUGUUGACUGAUAUCUGUGAGCUGUGCUCCCAGAGCACCAGAAGAACAGUGAAAACGGUUUGGGGAUGAGGAGUUGUGCUGUCUGUUUAUGGUUCAUGUGAAUGUGUUUGGACUGUUUUCUUUUUUUUUAAAGAUGUGAACGGUGUAUUGUGUGUCUUCUGGCUGGGUAUAUUUUUUUUACCCCGUGUGCAGUGCUAUGUUGAGUGUGUUAUUGUACAUAAAAGGUGAACCAGUGUGUGAGAUGCUCCAGCCAACUAAGCAUUACAUUU